AAAAAAAAUCAAACCAUGGCGCGCCACCGCCUCCUCGCCGCCGUCGCGGCGCUCCUGCUCUUCGCCGCCGCGGCGACCGUGGUACGGUCAGCCGAGGAGGAGGACGCGCUCAUCGAGCAGGUGGUCGGUGGCGGCGACGGUGACGGCGACGACAGGGAGCUGGGGGAGCUGCUGGACGCGGAGGCGCACUUCGCGAGCUUCGAGCGGCGGUUCGGGAGGACGUACCGCGACGCCGGCGAGCGGGCGUACAGGCUGUCGGUGUUCAGGGACAACCUCCGCCGCGCGCGGCGGCACCAGCGGCUCGACCCCACCGCGGCGCACGGCGUCACCAAGUUCUCCGACCUCACCCCCGCCGAGUUCCGGGAGCGGUACCUCGGCCUCCGCGGCGGCGGCCGCACCUCCCUCGCCAGCACCGCCGAGGCGCCCAUCCUCCCCACCGACGGCCUCCCCGCCGACUUCGACUGGCGCGAGCACGGCGCCGUCGGCCCCGUCAAGGACCAGGGUUCGUGCGGAUCGUGCUGGUCGUUCAGCACGUCGGGGGCGCUGGAGGGGGCGCAUUACCUUGCCACCGGGAAGCUGGAGGUGCUCAGCGAGCAGCAGAUGGUCGACUGCGACCACGAGUGUGAUCCAUCAGAAUCACGCGCAUGCGACUCGGGAUGCAAUGGUGGCCUGAUGACUACAGCUUUCAGCUAUCUCAUGAAAUCUGGUGGCCUACAGAGUGAGAAAGAUUACCCAUACGCUGGGAGGGAGAACGCCUGCAAGUUCGACAAGUCCAAGAUCGUUGCGCAAGUAAAGAACUUCAGUGUCGUCUCCGCCAACGAAGAUCAGAUUGCUGCAAACCUUGUCAAACAUGGCCCGCUCGCAAUUGGCAUCAACGCGGUCUUCAUGCAGACAUACAUCGGUGGCGUGUCGUGCCCCUACAUCUGUGGGAAGCACCUUGACCAUGGUGUUCUCCUUGUGGGCUAUGGAUCGGCUGGAUAUGCGCCGAUUCGCUUCAAGGAGAAGCCCUACUGGAUCAUCAAGAACUCGUGGGGCGAGAACUGGGGCGAGAACGGGUACUACAAGAUCUGCAGGGGCCCUCAUGUCCAGAACAAGUGCGGUGUCGAUUCCAUGGUCUCCACGGUGACUGCCAUCCAUACCUCCAAAAUGGAGUAGGAUCUGAUUAGUUCUCUCUGUCUUUGCAUACCACACACGCUUGUAAUUUGCUCAUGAGGUUAGUUGUUAGGACAUUCUGGGUGGUACUAUCACUCGGUUGCUGUGUAUGGUCAGCAAAAAACUGUGAAACUUUGUUUUACUUGCUGUAAUGUGUAUAUUCAUUUGGAUUAUCACAUUGUGUUUGGAACAUGGAAAUGGCAGGUAGUGUGGCAAUGUAUAUAUCUAGUGAAGCAUCCAGCAUUUGUUGAGAAGUAUGGUAUUUGAACAAA